AUGUUCGUGACGACUUACUCAGCAGAUUCCAUCCAUCAGAUUCAUGAGCUCGAGAAGGCUGGGGAUGCCGCGGUGGAGGAUGACGCCGCCUUCGGCUCCUUGGUGGCUAUGGCCAGCAAGCCUCCUCCUACGCCGAUUGCUGCCCAGGUGGCACAACAGAUCCGUUCCGCUAGAAAAAUGUCCCACAAGGCCGGCCUCCCCUUCUCUGAUACUACCGACCACCUCUUCGUCAUGGAGCUCGACACCAACCAGAAUACUGAGUUCCGUGUCAUCAUCGGCAACCACGUUCUCGUCUCCGUUCCUUCGGCCAUCGCCAGCUACUACGACGACGGCGACCGUGCCUUCCACAACUUGACGCUCGCAAGCAGUGAGGCGAGGCAGGUGCGGAUGGACUACGACGACGAGGAAAGGCGUGUUGACGUGACCAUGGCUUCCCUGAGAAUGGCUAAGCCCAGCAGUCCACUGCUCUCCACGGUGUUCACCGAUGUGGCCCGCGUCGGCUCUGUGGUGAAUGUGGCAAGCAAGCUGUCUUGUACCUCGUUUGAUGCUCAAGUGGUGCUCGAUGAAAUGCCCACGAGCGACUGGAGGUUACUUGGCCGCUUCCUCGACGUCUAG